AUGAGCUCAACCACUUCUCCUGUGACCUCUCUCACCAACUCUCCCUCGGCCUCUUCUGCUUCCUUUUCGUCCGUUGCGACCCCCAACACGGCGCCAGCAGUUAACACCGGCGCAACCUCUGUGGCUGCUAGUGCUACUAACUAUUCUGCUUUAAACAAUACUAUUUCCGCGACAACCUCUCUGCUUGUUGGUAGUAUAUCCUCUCGUGGCCCCACUGGCCGCGAUGGGGUCAGCUGUGACGCUUGCCUCUUCCGCAAGAGUCGCUGUGCAAUGAACGAGUUAGUUAACAAGUGCUACUCGUGUGAAUUCCAUCGGCAGGAUUGCACUUUUAGUCUUGCCAAUAGCGCCCUGACUGAAGCAGCCUCACCGCAGUCCAGGAAACGGAAGCUCGAAGACUUCGUAGAGGCCGAAUCUACCAAGAGACAAUCGAUAGAAAUUUCUCGACCAGAGUCGACAGUCAAAGAAAUGGUCCCUCCACCCACAAACACAAMCCCAUUGGCCYCCCCCCGCCUCUCAUACCAAUCAAGUCAACACAUCGGCCUGACCACAGAACUCGAACCCAUCCUCUUUGAGCACAUCCCCCUCGACACCAACGACGAAAGCGAGCUUUCGUCCACCCACAAAAUCCGCCGCUUCGCCGAAGAUGGCAUCUUUAUGCGAAUCAUGAACCCGGACUCGAAAGAGACGUCUACCGUCUCUCUGGACGCUAUUGAGACUUUAGUUGCCCCUUAUGGCUCGACGUUGGUCGAUAAAUUCUUUGAAAAGAUUCAUCCUGUCUUUCCGGUGUUGAUGGAGGAUUCGUUUCGGCAGUCUUAUCGUACUCGACGGGGGUUGUCGCCGCUUCUGCUGGCGGCCGUAUAUACAUUGACACUUAAAUAUCUUGAAUUCGAACCGGCAGCACGCUCAGCACGGAAACCGGAUGUGAAACGAAUGGAAGAUACAGCCAUGAAAUUGUUGACCGAGUCUUUGCCGCAUGCCGAUAUUACAACUAUUCAAGCCGGUAUGCUCAUCAUGCAACGGUCGUCUCUCAACACGUCGUCGUUGAACGGGCAAAUUGUCACCGCUGCAUUCGAGCUUGGUCUGCAUCAAGACUGUUUCAAUUGGAAGAUUCCGCCUGCCGAGCGAGGAUUGCGUAGACGAAUGGGAUGGGCGUUACAUACACAGGACAAAUGGUGUUCCCUUGUCCACGGUCGACCAUCCCACAUGUCAGCUGCGAACUGGACCGUCCGUGAUCUGGUCGAGGAUGACUUUAUUGGCGCAUUUUCCGCAACAUCACCAGCCAACAAAAGGUCGGACACCGAGUCUACUGACGGCAACGGUCUCGGCCACGGUCCUCUCUUAUUCUGUCAACACGUCGCCUUAACCGCCAUCCUCGCCGAGAUCCUCGACACUUUCUACACUCUCAGGGCAGCCGAACAAUUCGCCGCUGCCGGCAACAAUAAGACCCGAUAUAUCCUCGAAAAGGCCAAACCAGUCCAAAUCCGACUGAAAGACUGGUUUGCCCGUCUCCCGACAGGCAUGAAAAUGGAUUCUACGGCCUCGACAAGCGCAGAGAUCCUCUUUGACGAAGUGACCGAAGAAUCUGCCUCUAACGGUGCUCUGCACGUCGCCUAUUUCGCGACCGAAAUCACACUGCACCGAUGCAUAAUCCGCUCCCUGACACCCACCACAGCCGACAAUUAUCUAUCGCACAUCUGCCGCUCAGCAGCAAAGACACGCCUCAUCAGCGCAAUGGAUUUUGUAAAUCGUCUCCGCCCCGCCCAUUUACAGGCCUUUUGGCCUGGUUCCUCGCGCACAAACUUUGCGUUGAUCGGUUCAUUCGGAACGUUGCUGUUAGCCACCGCCCCGACACGUGAAGAAGCGGAAUUUUAUCGUCAGCGUCUCGCAGAGUAUAGAUGGACAUUGAGCGUCAGCGUCAAAAACGCACAGUUUCUAAAACACGCCAUUGAAUCUCUCGAUCUGUCGACUAUGCUUGCGCAGAAUGUGCCCGAGAAACCCGGCAUAGAGGAGUUGAUGGCCGGCGUAGUCGCGAAGAAUAGUCGAUCGAGACGCGGUCCGGGCGGUCGUCAGUCUACGUCUAACGCCAUGGACACCACGGGCCUGUUUUCCGGCAGUGCUGGCGUCGGUGACGGUGGUGCUGGAGGAGGCGGCGCAACAUCAUCUGUUGUCAGUGGCUUAGCGUCGCCGGCUACAAGUCCAAGUAACAUGGACGAAAUGAGCGACGUCGACGAUGACGAUGACGACGAUGCCGGCGAGGACUAUUAA